AUGUUGAGUGAUGAUAGUGAGCUUUGGCACCCUCGUUGUGAUCAUCAGGUAGUACAAAAUCCAAUCUCGCGAAUGGAUACUAAACAACAACAAGCAGAAAAUCGGAAUCCUCAUAAAUCGCUUCCGAAAAGUAUUGCACGACAAUUCAUGUCUGAAAACGGAUUGAAAAACAAAAAAAAGGGACGAAAUAGAAGGAAAAAUCAAUGGAAGCUUGAUGACUUUGUAGUGUUUGCUUUGGGAGAUGGUGCCAACCAAAACAAAAAAGAUGUAAAACAAAAUCCAAAACACACGAAAGUAAAGCUAAUGAACCCAACAGGAAGCGGUGGAGAGCUAUUCAAACAAUUACCGAGAGAAAUUCUAUUCAAGGUUUUCUCCUUUUUAUCUCUAAAUGAUAAUGCCGUCAAGAGCAUCCUGUAUAUUUCUCGCAAUAUUACAUUGACAAUGCUGAAUAUUGAUGAUUUUGGAGAGUCCUCAUUUACAGGACAAAAUAUUCAAUUUUGUGAAUAUUUUAGACUGUUGACUUUUCUCAAGCAGCGAAAAGAGAUUGAGGACAUCGAAAAUUACGUACGAAAUAGAAAAACCUUUUUGAAAACUCUUGGCGACUUACAUUCGGCGUCUAGUCAGCUACAAACCGAAUGGAACGUACUUUCUUUCACUCAACAGUUGAAUGAAUUUAACAAGAAAAAGAGCAAGUUUGUGUCAUUGAUCCAAAAUGAGCAAGGGAGGUUCAGUGCCUCAGACAUUAAGUACAAACUUUUAAAGAGUUUAAAAAUUAUGAAUAACUUAUUUCCAGGCUGGCUCUCACCAUUCUUGCAAUCUGACAUCACUGAUAUGCAGUCCAUGAACGAAAUUAUUGAACGAAGCGCAAACUUGAAGAACUUACGGGAUGUCAUUCACAAGAAUAGAAAAGUUGGAAUUCCAGUGGUGACACCUGAUGCAUCUGAAAGUAUUGCUUAUAAUGAGAGAAUAGACGCCGAGGUAAAAGAAAUGCUUUUUGCAAAGAAAGCAUCGAGCAGGUCAAGAAAACAAAGAAAUUGGAAACAAGAAUUGAGCAGGCUCAUAACUUUACGAUCUAUAAGAGAUAAAAUCAAAGAUACGAUAUACUCUUUAACGCAAAACACCAUCACAGGUGUUCGUUAUGGUAUGAGGAAGAAUGAAUAUUUGAGAAAGGUGUCUUUUGGAUUUACAAGACAGCUGAGACCGCCUGAAUAUUCGGAGCACGCUCAAUUUCAUUAUUCACAUGAUUUCAAAGAUAACAUUUACUCCCUAAUGGAUCUCUUGAAAAUGCUCAACGACAAAUCUAGAUACUUUUAUUUAUUUACGAAGAGCUAUGCUCAUGGAAAGAAUAGGCUUGCUUCUAAUUUUAAAAACAGACCGAAUGGUCAUGUUAACCUGUUUCAGAACUUGUUGUCAUUAUUUAAUAUGAUUGCACGUGAGGCACGGAUGAACAAGAAUAUACUCGAAUCCGUGGCAAAUUUAAGAAGAUCCUCUCAGAUAACACCUGCAGUAAUAACCAUUCGAAGAGGAUGCGAGAUUGUACAGCCAGAAACGACCGUUCAACAACGGACCCAACAACAAUCUUUAGGUGAUGAAUGGAAUUUCAAUUUGGAGUCUCAAACUGAUUUUAUUGUGCACCAUUUCACGCAAUUUGUUGCCAAAAACUGGAAAUACUAUUGUAUCUCCAAAUACUGCUCUCAAAACAUUCGUGUUGAUUAUGAUCGAUUUAUGAUUGACUUUUUAUUGGAUGGUUCAAGACAUAGUUUUAGGAAUUUUGUCUUGUUGGGAGACUUUAUGAAGAUCUUCAUUGAAAAACAUACUAACGCAUUUAACAAGUUUGGAAAGAUGUUUUUAGACCAUUUGAAUCAUCCUGAAAACAUUUCAGCAAAUACUCCCUUAAUUCGAGUAUCAAAAUUCAGCAGCAAGCUGAAAAUUACACCCCAUAAUUUAAUACCCAUGCCAACAACAAGAGGACGCGGUAGAGGACGUGGAAGAGGACAAUCUGAUAGAGGACGCGGUAGAGGAGGACGUGGUUCUAACAGAGGACAAUCAAAUCAAUAA